GUAUGACAUCGUGUGUAAAACUUACUCUCUUUUUUUUAUAUUAUAACGUAUAUAUACAAAUCUUUGCUUGUUGCGAAGAUUGCACACAAAAAGUCUUUUUUUAUUAUAUAUACUCAAAUUGUAUUUGUAACUUCGUCAGAAGAAAUAUCAACAUUUUGUAGGUUAUUCGCAUAAAUCAUUAUAUAUUUCAUCGAUUAAAUCGGUGUCAAAUCGAAGGUAAAAAUAUGAAGAAACGACGGCACGGUUGUGUGAAAAAUUAUUUGCCUUCACUGAAAUAUUCUCAAACGCACGAACGUUUUCUAGGUAAAACAAGAAACACUGAUGAUUCAAAAGUUCGAAAUUCGAAACGAAGCUACACUAAGCUUCAACAAAAAAAUAAAAAUUGCAACGACGCGCCGUAUUUAAAAAAAGACGCGUUUUAUUUCCUGGAAUCGCUCUUCGACUUGAAGAAAACUUUAAAUUUAAAGAAUGUAUACUCUUUAGCAUUUAAUUAUCACAAAGAAAAAUCGAUUGAAACGUUGAAUACUACAAAAUCAGAACCUGUUGUGGAAACGUUAUUUCUGCAAUCUUUCUCGCCACGAACGGAUCUCGAACCGCCCGAACCACCAUUCGAUGAAUGUUCAAACAAAAAUAAAGAGAGGACAAGAAACAAAAUAGAAACGAGCGAAGUACUUGAGAUAAAAAUAUCAGAUUCUGUGCAAGAAUUACAAAAAAAUAAUUUAACACAGAAUCAACAAAGUUUCUCAAGGUAA